GUCCAUUUAUCCUCAAGAUCAUCAAAAAUCGAGUCUUUAUGUUGGUUAUGGCACCCCACAACAUGCCCAAGUCCAACAACCACCACCUUCAAAGAACAGUGUCAGACAUAUCCUUCGAGAUCUCGAAAGAAGAAAUCCUUGAUCUCAAGGCACUGCCACCAAUAUCUGAGGUUGAAGAUGCCAAGUGCGAGUGCUGUGGGAUGAGCGAGGAGUGCACGACGGAGUACAUAGAGCGCGUGAAGGACAAGUACUUGGGGAAGUGGGUGUGCGGGCUGUGUGCGGAGGCAGUGAAGGAAGAAUUGGAGAAGAAUGGAGGAAGGAAAGAGGAAGCCCUAAACGCGCACAUGAGCGCGUGCGUCAAGUUCAACAAGUAUGGUAGGGCUUUUCCUGUUCUGGUUCAAGCUCAAGCCAUGAAAGAGAUGUUGAAGAAAAGCAAGCUCGAUGGAAGAAGAGCCAGGUCUUUUAACCCAAGAGACACUCAUAAUAACAAUAACCACAACGAUAAGAAAGGAGGCAUUGCAAGGAGUUCAAGUUGCAUCCCUCAGCUUUCUCUUGACAGAUGAUACUUCUUCUUCUUCUUCUUCAUUUCCUCUGAUUGUUCUGCUUAAAUUCUUAGAUACCAUAUAUAUGUAUGCAGUUCAUGUACAUGCUUGCAUCACUUAGUUCUGAUCAUUGCAUGUAUGUACGUGCUUGCAUUAUAUAUAUGAUAUCAGAAAAGUAGGGCAAAUGUGUUUUAUAUAAAAAUUCUGGUACUGGAACUACCCUAAGGUGACAAAGCAGUUUUUCUUUGAAAUGUAUGCAUAUAUACACAAAGUAUAUAUGUAUAUAUAAUCUCAUUCGUUGAGUCUCGAACUGCUUAUUAAGACCUGUAUUUUUUUGGGAAAGCAGGAUUAUUUGUCAUGGGAAGUAGGCUGAGUUAUAUACCUUUUUGAGGUUUUUUAGAGGUCUCUUCCUAAGUUUUUCUUUUCCCCUCUUUUUUGGGAGAAAAAAGGAGAAAUUCUUUCUCGUUUAUUCUUGUUGUGUCUGUUCUGUGUAUUAGUUCGUUUUCGUUGUUAGAGUUAUAUAUUGUUUAUUCCCUUUCCUUCACUAUUACUAAGAGGGAUUUCAUAUA